UAAUUGAAACAGUAUCUAAAUAAUCUAAGCGAAAAUAUAUUAAAUAAAUUUUGCAUAUCUUUUCACAAUACAUAGGAAAUAUACGACCAAUAUCGACACAGGGACACGUGUUGCGUGACGUGGAUUGUUGCCUUGGCGUCCGUCCGCCCUCUCUCUUCUUCUUCAUUCUCUUCUCUCUCUAAAACUUCACAGUGCCAAAAGGACACCUUUAGAGAGAGAAAAAAAAAAUGCAAGCAGUUUAGAAGCAUAAACAUGUUCCGAAACUCUUAAUUCCGUUCCCUAAUCUCCAUUUUACGAGAACAUUGAUACUUGCCAUCUUAUUACCUGUCGUUUUGCGGAAGACUAAAACGCCCUCCUGAACGUAUCAUGGGAAGCAAUGAAGAAGCGAAGCCUUCGAAGGCUGAAAAACCAUCUUCACCUGUUACGCAGGACCAAAAUAACAGCGUUCAUGUGUAUCCUGAUUGGGCAGCAAUGCAGGCUUUCUACGGUCCGCGAUUUGCUGUGCCACCAUAUAUGAAUUCAGGUGUUGCUUCUCCACACGCACCUGUCCCUUACAUGUGGGGUCCGCCACAGUCCAUGAUGCCUCCUUACGGGCCUCCAUAUGCUGCAUUCUAUGCUCAUGGAGGAGUUUACGCACACCCUGGAGUACCUGUAGCUAGUACUGCCCUGAGCAUGGAAACACCAGUGAAGUCACCGGGGAAUACAGAUGGAGGCUUUGUGAAGAAGCUGAAAGAAUUUGAUGGGCUUGCCAUGUCAAUUGGCAAUGGAAACGGUGACAGUACUGAACAUGACACUGACCGUAGACUUUCAGACAGUGAGGAGACGGAUGGUUCCAGUGACGGAAGUAAUGGAGUUACACCCAGGGCUGGUCAAAAUGGCAAGAAAAGAAGUAGACAAGGAUCUCCUAGCAGUGGUGAUGGCAAAGCUAACAAGAAAAGCAAUUUAGUUACUGCUGUGGAAGUCGGUGAAAAGACGACAGAUGUGAUUCCUUCUGCAGUGAAAACAAUGGAGAAUACGAAUACUGCAUUAGAACUGAAUGAUCCUUCCCAAAAUGUCAAGUCGAGUCCGACUAAUGCUCCACAGCCACUAAUGCAAAAUGUAAGCUGGCCACAGAACGACCGAGAGCUGAAAAGAGAGAGGAGGAAGCAGUCCAAUCGAGAAUCUGCAAGAAGAUCAAGACUGAGGAAACAGGCUGAGACUGAGGAACUAGCUGUCAAAGUUCAAGCACUAACAACAGAGAACAUGACCCUCAAAGCCGAGAUAAAUAAAUUAAUGGAAAGCUCCGAGCAUCUGAAGCUCGAAAACACUGCACUCGCAGAGAAAUUACGAGGCGCCCAAGUGGAGCAAACAGAGGAAGCAAAUCUUCACAAGAUUGACGAACUGAGAAUGAAGCCAGUCGGCACAGUGAACCUUCUUGCAAGGGUUAAUAACAACUCCGACGGUGAACCGAAGCUUCAUCAGCUUCUCGAUAGUAACCCUAGAACGGAUGCCGUUGCUGCCGGCUGACUUUGACCGUUAUUUUGCAUCGAGGUCCCGUAACUUUGGCAUAAUUAAUUACAAGUUUCAAAGUUACUUCUAACAAAAAAAGUAAUAGAGAGUGUGUGAUUUGGUCUCGGCGAAACCUGGAAUGUAUUUUAAAUGUUCGGAUUGCUGGGAAAUGAUAAAAAGAAACAGAUUAGCGUCGUCGUCCGUAAUUUAGAUAAAUUGUAUACUUAAGAAAGUGUCUAAUUUUAUGUGGUUUUUUGUGCAAGAACAACUUUUGAUUUGAUCUUGUGUUACUUGGUUAUUAUAUAGGGAUGAUGUUUGUGUUGGUACGAGGAAAUGUAUUAUGUUGUACUGAUAUGUAAACUUCUGUGUUGGCUUAGAAGGAACAGUGCUAUUAUAUAUAUUUGGAGUUGGCUUCAA